UCCGCCCUCUCUCAAGCCCGCUUUUCCAACAAUCCUGGGGGGUUCUGCUCCUAACAUCUGUCAGCCAAUGAGAGUCUGCAUAAGGACCGAAUCGGUCCCAGCGGACGCCCAUUGGUGCCUGCCGCCUACAUAGCCUGGGUUCUGUGCGCCGGUUUGAAUACCCUAGGUCCAGCUAGGAGAGGGUGCACUAGCCUGCACUGCUGUGGCCUUUAGGGUACCUCGGGAUCGCCCCAAGCGCUUUUUCCUAGACAAGCAUCUGGCAGCCCUGGCAAGCCUGCUCUCUCCGGGGUCACAGGCCAGAGCAAGUUCCAAUGGGCCCCGCGGGGGGCGCGGCGAGGGCCGGGCGCUUCUUCGGCGUCUACCUGCUCUACUGCCUGAACCCUCGACACCGAGGUCGCGUCUACGUGGGGUUCACAGUUAACCCUGCUCGGCGGGAGCAGCAGCACAACGCGGGCCGUAAAAAAGGCGGGGCCUGGCGGACCAGUGGCCGCGGGCCUUGGGAGAUGGUGCUCAUCGUACACGGCUUCCCCUCCGCGGUGGCCGCCCUUCGGUUCGAAUGGGCCUGGCAGCACCCGAAGGCCUCGCGCCGCCUGGCCCAUGUGGGUCCGCGCCUGCGCGGCGAGGCAGCCUUCACCUUCCACCUGCGCGUGCUGGCACACAUGCUGCGCGUGCCCCCGUGGGCGCGCCUCCCGCUCACCCUGCGCUGGCUGCGCACCGACUUCCGCCAGGAUCUCUACCCGCCACAGCCACCGCACGUGCCCCUGGCCUUCGGGCCUCCGCCGCCCCGGGCCCUGGCCCGGAAGUGCGGCGCAGUUCCCUUGGCCAGCACGGAGUCCGAGUCCCAGCCGCAGCACACCGCGGAAGCUCUGUGCACCGUGUGCGCUUGCGCACUCCAGGAUGAAGAGGGUCCCCUGUGUUGCCCCCACCCUGGCUGCUCCCUCAGGGCGCAUGUGAUCUGCCUGGCAGAAGAGUUCCUGCAGGAGGAGCCAGGGCAGCUUCUGCCGCUGGAGGGCCAAUGCCCUGGCUGUAAGAACUCAGUGCUGUGGGGAGACCUGGUCUGGCUGAGCCAGAUGGGCACCGAGGAGGAAGAGGACUUGGAAUUAGAAGAGGAACACUGGACUGACAUGCUGGAGACCUGAUCCUCAGCGUCCCCAACGUCCGCCCACCCUUUACCCAUCCCCCCCCCCCACGGCUCUGGGAAGUUUUUACUUGAGUACAAUAAAAAGUCUGAGUUGAGAGUA